AUGAAACAUCAUCUGUGGCUCGCCAUGGCGCUUCUACAGUCAGGAGCAUUGUCCGCACUUCCGAAACCGCGGGUCGCAUUUCUUGGUCCACUCGGGUCUUUUUCCCACGAGGCAGCGGUAGCGUCCUUCGGAUCUGAAGCGACAAUACUUCCACAAGCGUCGUUCCAAGAUGCCUUUGCCGCGCUCCAAGCUAACGAAAGCGAUUAUGCUGCCAUUCCGCUCGAAAAUUCAAGUAACGGCGCCGUCGUGCAGGUCUUGGACCUCCUUGCUGAUCGCAAAGGAUUAUAUGGUGAUGUAGCAAUUUGCGGAGAGCAUUAUCUGCCGGUCCACCAUUGUCUAUUGGUGAAGAAAGCGGAUGGAGGCCAAACCUCACCCCCGCCCGUAGAUAUCACUACGGACCCUCGCUACGAAGCGAUCACUAAGCUCUACACCCACCCGCAGGCGUGGGGCCAAUGCGAAGCUUUUCUAUCUAAAUACUUCAAGGGAGUCGAGCGACAAGACGUCUCAGCGACCUCAAAGGCAGCGGAGAUAAUCUCCAAGGAGCCUGGCAACAGCAGCGCCGCGAUCGCGAGCAGAUUCGCCGCGGAGCAGCACGGCGUCGAUAUCCUGGCCGAAAACAUCGAAGACGACUCGGAGAAUACCACCCGGUUUUUACUAUUUCGCAACCGAAAAUCUGAUACUCCCAAGCUGUGCGGCCAUGAAGAUCAAAAGAAGCCCGAUGAAUCUGACAAGAAUGCCAUGCGGAAAGCGCUCAUAUCUUUCACGAUCGACCACAGCUCCCCCGGCGCACUCGCAAACGCACUUUUCAUCUUCAAGAAGUUCAGCAUGAACCUGACUGCUAUCAAUUCUCGGCCGAGCGGAAUUCGGCCUUGGCAGUAUAUUUUCUUUGUUGAAUGUCAGGGCCCAGCUAAGCGCAACGAUCGAAAUGUGGAAAAGAUCAUGGCCGGCUUGACAUCUGUUACACACUCGAGUCAACACCUUGGAAGUUGGGAUGAUAUGCUUGGGUCAAACUAAUCAAUAUUAACUGGCGAUUGGGACGCGGAUGGGAUAGAUUUUAGACUAGAUAUCCUUUUGGAUUUUGUGCGCAUUUAUCGAUUUCGGGAAUGAGUGUAUUUAAAAGCGAUAGCAAAAAGCGGAAUUUCGGGGAAGGAAAGGACUGUUAAAACGAAAUUUAAAAGCAGAAAAAUUACACGCAUCUCUGACUGGAAAGGAGAGACAAUCUUGCUAGCGUGUUUAAACUCGAAGUAGAGGACUCUGCAGAGGAA